AUUGGGAUAAAAACGAAAGCGACCCAUCGGACGUCGAUCUCAGUUGCAGUCGAACAGAGCACACGAUGGGACAGCAACGGCACGUCGUGCUAAAGUUGGCACUGUGUUUACUCACUUCCGGAGCGCUGAUGCAGGUGGCCAACGCAGCGGACGAUAAUCCUUGUGCAGCAGGACCACCCGUUGAUACGAACCCGGCCGAAUGUUGUCCGACACCGAUGCUCGUCGAGGGAACGAUCAUGAUGGAUUGCUACCAGAAGUAUGGCGAGCAGACCAAGAAACAGCUUAAGAUGGAAGGCAUUCCACGUGGUUGUUGUAUUGCUGAGUGUGCCAUGAACACCACCAAUAUGUACGCGGACGGUAUGCUGAAACGGGACGAUCUGUCGAAAAUGUUUAUGGAUGCGGUUAAGGACAAGCCCGAGUGGAUGGCGCUGGUGCGCGAUGCCACAAACGCGUGCUUUGAGCUCGCAGAAAAGAAAAAGGAAGAGAUUGAGGCCGGUGCUAAGCUGGAACCGAGCUUCGAGGGUGAGAAGAUUUGUCAUCCAAUCUCCGGCACUAUCCUGCGGUGUAUGGGCAUGAUGAUGUUUGCCCAGUGUCCGUCGUCCGUUUUCAACGUGAACGACAACUGUAACAAGUUGAGGGAGUACGGUAGCAUGUGUCCGAUGAUUUAGGGGCUUCGCGCGAUGAGCUUGUUGAAGAAUUCGUUGUGGCAAACAGUGUAGCAGGCAGAGUAUUAGUGAGAAUAAAUUAUGUAUUGUGCAAAGUACUAAA